AUGCGGCGCCGGCGGGCGGCGGUGGCCGUGGGCUUCUGCGCCUCCUUCCUGCUGGGCUCCGUCCUCAACGUGCUCUUCGCGCCGGGCUCGGAGCCCCCGCGGCCGGGCCAGCCCCCCGGGCCGUCGCCAGCCCCGGGCCCGGGCCGUCGCGGGGGCCGCGGGGAGCUGGCCCGGCAGAUCCGCGCGCGCUACGAGGAGGUGCAGCGCUAUUCCCGCGGGGGCCCCGCGCCCGGGGCGGGCCGGCCCGAGCGGCGGCGCUUGAUGGACCUGGCGCGGGGCGGGCCGGGCCUGCAGCGACCCCCCCAGCCCCCCGGGGCCCGGCCCCUGCCCGACGGCUCCCCGAGCUGGCCCCCGGCCCCCGGCCCCGGCUCCCCCGGCUCCCCCGGCCCGGGGGGCCCGCGCCUGGGCUGCGCCGCGCUCCGCAACGUGUCGGGCGCCCAGUACGUGGGCUCGGGCUACACCAAGGCCGUGUACCGGGUCCGCCUGCCCGGCGGCGCCGCCGUGGCGCUCAAGGCGGUGGACUUCAGCGGCCACGACCUGGGCAGCUGCGUGCGCGAGUUCGGGGCGCGCAGGGGCUGCUAUCGGCUGGCGGCCCACAAGCUGCUCAAGGAGAUGGUGCUGCUGGAGCGGCUGCGGCACCCCAACGUGCUGCAGCUCUAUGGCUACUGCUACCAGGACAGCGAGGACAUCCCGGACACCCUGACCACCAUCACGGAGCUGGGCGCCCCUGUCGAGAUGAUCCAGCUGCUCCAGACGUCCUGGGAGGACCGAUUCCGAAUCUGCCUGAGCCUGGGCCGCCUCCUUCACCACCUGGCCCACUCCCCGCUGGGCUCCGUCACGCUGCUGGACUUCCGCCCCCGGCAGUUCGUGCUGGUGGACGGGGAGCUGAAGGUGACGGAUCUGGACGACGCUCGCGUAGAGGAGACGCCGUGUGCCAGCAGCGCCAACUGCAUCCUCGAGUUUCCGGCCAGGAACUUCACCCUGCCCUGCUCGGCCCAGGGCUGGUGCGAGGGCAUGAACGAGAAGCGCAACCUCUACAACGCCUACAGGUUUUUCUUCACAUACCUCCUUCCCCACAGUGCCCCGCCCUCACUGAGGCCUCUGCUGGACACCAUUGUCAAUGCCACAGGAGAGCUCACGUGGGGGGUGGACGAGACGCUGGCCCAGCUGGAGAAGGUGCUGCAGCUGUACCGGAGCGGGCAGUACCUGCAGAACUCCUCCGCGGACAGCAGAGCCGAGUACCGGCGCCUUCCAGACAGCACCAUCCCCGAGGAAGACUACCGCUGCUGGCCGUCCUACCACCACGGCGGCUGCCUCCUUUCCGUGUUCAACCUGGCCGAGGCCGUGGACGUCUGUGAGAGCCACGCCCAGUGCCGGGCCUUUGUGGUCACCAACCAGACCACCUGGACAGGUCGGCAGCUGGUCUUUUUCAAGAUGGGAUGGAGCCACGUCGUCCCCAAUCUCCACAAGACCGCAUAUGUGAAGUCCUCUCGCCGGCCUGUCUGA